ACAUUGUAGCGGAAUGGCGGCCGUCAUUCACAACCCCCUCAAAUCCUUCCCAAGCUAGAGGACAACAUUUCCCAUUCUCGCCCAUAAGAAACACUAUGAAACCAACUGUACUAGAAUAUUCAUCAGGAAGCGUAGCAUGUGAAGCAUCACUAAAGACUGGGGGAACAGUUCUACAAGGAAGCCAUUGAACAUUGCCGUAACUACAAUGCCCGACUGUGUGCAGAACGCAGUGUUCGUCUCCCGUUCCUGGACUCGCAAACUGGUGUCGCUCAAAACAACUGCUACAUCUGGAUGGAGAAGAGGCACAGGGGCCCAGGCUUGGCUCCUGGUCAGCUGUACACUUAUCCUGCUCGCUGCUGGCGUAAGAAGAGGCGUCUACAUCCCCCUGAAGACCCCAGGCUGAGACUGUGUGAAAUAAAACUCGAGGGAGAGAUCACCUUAAAAAGAGACGGUGUGUCAGCUGAAGGGACCACUUUGGAAGCCCUGUUACGUGGCGAGGCUCUGGAGAAAAGGAAUGAUUCUAAAGAAGAUGAAACGCUCAGUGAAAUUCAGAGAGUUUUAAACAACGAGGAGAAUGUCGAAGACUUGGAGGAGGAUGUGGAAGAUGAAGUGCCAAAGCGCAAAAACAAACCCCGAGGACGGACACGUGGUGUAGGAGGGAAAAGAAAAGCAGACUCCUCUUCCCAGGAAGACCACGAUAAGCCGUAUGUGUGCGAUAAUAGUUUCAAACAAAAGCAUAACUCAAAAACAUCUGAAAAAGUCUGUGGCAAGCGAUACAAGAAUCGGCCUGGCCUUAGUUAUCACUAUGCUCAUACACAUUUAGCUGACGAGGAAGGAGACGAUGACCAAGAUUUGGAGCCUUGUUCACCACCUGUCCUGAAAAGCGAAGGGCAUAAAUGGGGCAGCGUAUCUGUGCGGAAUAGAAGCAGGGGCAAGAAUAGAACCUUGGAGGACUCCAGAGCUCGGAAAGGCCCAGAUGGGGUGAUCAUCUCCAACAACUACUGUGACUUCUGUCUGGGUGGGUCGAACAUGAACAAGAAGACGGGCAGGGCUGAGGAGCUGGUCUCGUGCUCUGAUUGCGGACGCUCUGGUCACCCCACCUGUUUGCAGUUCACAAUAAAUAUGACUGCAGCUGUGAAAACCUAUCACUGGCAGUGUAUUGAGUGCAAAUCCUGUAGCCUGUGCGGGACAUCUGAGAAUGACGACCAGUUGUUGUUUUGUGAUGACUGUGACCGGGGUUACCACAUGUACUGUUUAAACCCACCAAUGGUUCAGCCUCCUGAAGGAAGCUGGAGUUGCCACUUGUGCCUGGAGCAACUGAAGGAAAAGGCUUCUGCUUGUGCAAACAAACCCUAGUUCAGUGUCUUCAAUUUUUAUAUAUUUUUAAAUCAGUUUAAUUUAGAUGCCUGUGGUCAGUAUUUGCACAUUCAGGCUAAAAUACAAAGUGUGAAAUUAAGCAAAAUGUUACUACAUUUAGCCUGUAGUUCAAUAUUUCAGUCAACCUAAGUUUGAUCAUUGUGAUCUCCCUGUGUAUGACAGUGUUGCAGCAGUGUCAUUAGAAUCCUCACUGUUGAAUUUGGCUGUGGCUACAGUUCAAGUCACCUUUAAUCAUUCAGCUCCCAGAUUACCAUUCCACUUACUUUGAAAAGUCGCAUGAAAAGUCCCAUGAUCCCAUUAAUAACUGGAAUUGCCUCUACAGUUCCUAAAUAUCCUGAGUUCCUAUUUAUCCUAAGGUUGUGGAUUCACAAGAGGAUUGAAAAAACAGAAAACUAAAUGUUAAUUUAUUUUAAAAUAUAAUGUCCUAUUAAACAAAAGUAUAACAGAUAACUCGCAGGACCUUUCCAAUUGGAAUAUUACCCCAGUCCCAUUCCCUAGCUCUGUUGAACACUUGACCCUCAGCUAACAUGUCCCCAGGGAGUGUUGUCAAAGACCAAACAGCCAAUCAUCAACACUGUUUUUAACACCGUACACUACAGAAAUAGCCAGCGUUAGUUUAAACUUGAAAGCUUUACAUUUCAACGGCAUUAUUGCUUUUUACAUAACUUCAUUAUGAAUCUAAACAAAUUGGCAAGAUUUUCUUUAUUAGCUGUCUAUCAGUUUGUGUUUUUUAUUUAAACACUUGUUAUAGAGAAUAAUGGCUUCAGAGAAGGUCUGUAAUGCAAAUCACAGGAUCUACUCUGUUCUGUUACUUUGCUGUUGCAUUCCUACGUAACUUCACAUGUUCCAAAAUAAGAUGCCAGAAUAUUCUAUGAUAACCUGAAAGAUAAUUCCAUUAUAUUAGACUUUAGUGGGAAUAUCGAUGCUUUUGUGGUUAUGUGAUGUUAAUAAUCAAGGAUAUUAGCAUGCCUGUAUCAGUAUUUUAUAGAGCUCAUCAUCUAAUACCAGUGUAGAAAUUGUAUGUGCUUAAAUCUGUUUACAGUUCAGAUCCUCAAGGUAGUCUUUUAACGUUCUUUCUUGUUACUGUAACCCAGGAACUGGGAAUUAUUGUGGUAUGUUAAAUGCUGCACUGUCAGAGAUGUGCUAUCUUUUGCGUGAAAUAUUAUAUCAAACCCAUCAACCUCCUUGGGCAAAGGACCCUGAGGCAGUAUUUUGAGUGAGAAGUUGGGGAGGGGGCAGGGUUAACUGGCCAAUAUUUAACCUUUCACCAACUAAACAUCUGUUUAGGAUCUUGAUUUAUAUAAAUUACUCAGUGUAUUUCUGAGUUACAACUGUGGCUUCCAGUAGUUCUCAAACCAGGAGCACUUUGAGGCACUGAGAUUGUCAAUGACACUACAGAAGAAAAGCAGACUGGGUUUUGUUUUUUGUUUAUUUCUGAAUUUGCUGCACAGGAACGCCCCGUAUUCUGGAGUUAGUCUGGCAAUCAGGCUUCAGGGUUUUGUCCACUUCUCCCCAACCUACCACAAGCCCCUUCUUGUGUCGACAAGUUUAUAUAUAAAUGCACACCUCCUGCUGGGGCAGGGAUGUUAUCGUGUCUGUUAAUUCAGAAACAUCUCCAUUAUCUUUUGUCUUCAGUGUGACAUGCUCACAAGAAUUCAUGCCAUCUUAUCUUGCAGAUAAGGUUUUGUUUAACUGCUGAUGCAUUUCCUUCCCCGUCUCCAUCAGUCCAAGCUGCCACUCCCAACACCAACCCCCUCACCUUGCAGCCAGAUCUUCUGGGGGACUGGAGAAAGCACCCACUUUCUUUGUCUGCAAGCAGUGCAGUGGGUCCCAGCCCAGAGGGGUGUGGACAAACACCUUCAGACAGGAUAUGAAGCACAGAAAGAAUCACAGCUAACCUCACUAGAUUCAUUCAGCCCUUCGAACAGAAGGAAAUGAGCCAGCUAAACAAACCCAGCACACCAACAUUAUCUGAUAUUUUUCAUGUAUCAUUGGAGACCUGGUGACAUGUCAUCUAUUCAUCAGUAAUCUUUGAUGUCACAGCUUUUCCAGGGACUAACAAUUGGGCAAAUUUGACAGUGAUUAAGCUCUUCUCAUGAUACAACUUACCCGGUAGCCAUUUACAGAUUCAAUGUGUAAUCAAGUACAGUUUCCAGAUCCUUUAAUAGUCAGAAUCAAAGUCAAGUUUAUUGUCAUAUGCACACAUACAUGUAUGCAAUGAAAAACUUACUUGCAGCAGCAUCACAGGCACAUACCAUCAGAUAGCAUAAUACACAUCCUAUAGUACAGGGAAACAUCUCGACAAGCUUCACAGGUGUAAUUAAAACUGGACCUACAGGAACAACACCUCGAUGGAAGUAAUUGGACACACCUACUUUCUGCCUGAAAUACUCAUGUAUAAACCCUGACACUGUCUCCUCUUCAGGCAAUGUUGAACUAGACUGACUGUAGGCAGCCCAGUUGUUAAUCCAGUUGUGUGUUGAUAUGCCCAGGAUUACCUGAUGUGGGACGUACAAGUCUGAAACUUCUCCCUGUGCUGCCACGUUCCCUGGGUUCCUCCUGCCUGCUGAGCCCUUAGUAAGUGUAUCAUACAGGUGGGAUCAUUAUACAUUGUAAACAGAUUCAUGAGAUCUCUGUUACCCCAAGUUAGCCUAGUGCACAGGAAUUUGAAAUGGACUACCUUUGGAGAGGUUUGGCUAAACACACACAUUCUUAGCAUGCUGGAAUGAUUAUUGUAGGGACCCAGCAGGCCAUCACCCCCUCCCCACCUACCACCACCCACCCCCCCACAUACCUGGUGUGUCAGAGAAAUUGUCAGCUCAUUUCACGUUAGGAGGUACAGGAGAGGUUUCAUAAGAGCCCUCUCAAUGCCACAGUUGAAAAGAGUUCUUUCUGCUUUUACUGAAAGGAUGGUUGGUAUAUUAGUGGUUGUUACAGAUGCACCUCUGCUGUCACCUUGCAGCCACGUUCUUAAGUAAAGGAAACUUUCAGCUUUAAACCAUAUCACAUAGACUAUACUUACCACUUUCUUGUAGUACUGGAUGCACUAAUUCUCCAGCUUAGUAAUGGUAAAAGAAACUGUAUAUCUUAUACUCAAUAGACAGUGUAGAUAGGUAAUACUGUUAAACUGUAUCUUGUAGAAUUUAACUGCUCCUACUGCAGAAUUCUGCCUUGGCAAAAAACAAGAGUGAAAGGUUUGGGACGUGCUUGUAGAAACAUUUUCAAUCUGUUAGUUAUAUUUACUUACAGAUUUUCGCAGAACCACUCAUUUAAUAAUCAACGGGGUUUUGUGUUAGAUCAAACUUUUGGGAGUUUGCUUUAUUUUUCUGGGGAGAGGAAAGAGAGAAGAAAGCACUGAGUUAGGAUGAUUGAUCAUGUGAUUGAUCAAUGAGGCGUUGUGAAUCAUAGGGUUGUACAUUUUGUUUGUGAUAUUUACCCUCAUUGGCUGGGUACGACACGUAUCCUGAUUGGAUGGUGUUCUGAGAGAGGAAAGGUGAAAGGGAAUUUCCUAGUUUCUUAGGAGUUAUGUUUGGAAGUAUAGAAGUUGCCUUCGAUAAUGGUUUACAUUUCUCUUGGGCGGGUGGGGGGGCAGAGGGGGUUUGUAAGUUCUUAGGUGAAUGACGAGUGAGGAGGCAAACAGACUGGAGGGAGGGCUGACCAUCUUUCUCCUGCCCCUUGUGCAGGUUACAGACACAACAACCUGCCAUUGCACAGGGUUUAUCACUGGAGAACCAGUGGAUUGUAAGGGGGAAAACUCCCACAGAUCUUGUGCCACACAAAUGCCAUUUUCAAUUUAUUCCCAUCCAAACUACAACUUGCUCCCCUGGAUGAGGUUUGCCAAGUUCUCCCGUCACUGUGGAUCAGACUGAGCACACAGUGGUUCAGAUAUUUUGGUCCCGGUGAUAAUUGCCCCCUCACCGACUGUUGGACUGGGUGGGGAUGCUCCAGCACUGCAGCCCUGUGCUGAGGGGCAGGGGUCUGGGUCUUCCUGAUUACACCAGGACCCCAGGGGCAGUCAGAUCCCACUCCCUCGGAGGCAAACAUCCAUCCGGGGAAGCAGGCCCACCCACCAAGGGCUGGCACACCCUUCCUUGGGUCAGACACCCACACCUGGGGCAGACAGAUACCCUCCAAUGGGUCAGACACCCACCACCGGAGCAGACAGAUACCCUGCCCUGGGACAGACACCCACCAGCGGGGCAGUUAGAGAUCUUUAUUAGUCAUGUGUACAUCGAAACACACAGUGAAAUACAUCUUUUGCAUAGACUGCUCUGGGGGCAGCCCGCAAGUGUUGCCACAUUUCUGGCAUUAACAUAGCAUGCCCACAACUUUCUAACCCGUCCGUCUUUGGAAUGUGGGAGGAAACCGGAGCACCCGGAGGAAACCCACGCAGACAUGGGGAGAACGUACAAACUCCUUACAGACAGUGGCCGGAAUUGAACCCGGGUCGCUGGCGCUGUAAUAGCGUCACGCUAACCACUACACUACUGUGCCUGCCCUCCCCCCGGUUCAGACACUCUCGCCUGGGUUAGACACCCACACUUAAGGCAGACAGAUACCCUCUGCUGGGUCAGAUACUCUCCCAGGGGCAGACACCCAGCACCAGGGCAGACAGAUACCCACUCCCCGAUCACACACGCACCAGCGGGGCAGAUUCCCACUCCAGGGUCAGAUACCCACCCUUUGGUCAGAUACUCUCUCCUGGGUCAGACACCCACCAGCGGGGCAGACAGAUACCCUCCCCUUGGUCAGACACCCACCCCAGUAACAGAGCCUGCCCCUGCUGUCCUGCCUUCACCCAGCAGUGAUAGACAAUGCCAGGCCUCUGGUCUCAAACCUCGGCAGCUGCCUGGUGCUGUGGGAAGCCCCCACUGCCGGACUGCUGAGUGCACCGUGUGUCAAAUCGUUACUGAAGCAUUGCUGCAGAGCAGGAAGGGUUGAGCAGUGUGGCUGAGAUGGCUCAUGGUGACGAGGACAUUAGUGCCACAAGCUUAUACAGCUGCAGAGGUGGUGAUGCUGCUCCCUGCCUGAUCACUACAGUGGCUGGCCAGGCCCAUCUCCAUAAAUGGUUUGAUGUGUGUGCAGUACAUCACACUACACUUUAUAUAAGGUCUUAGUUGGCCUCACUAGCAUUUGAUUUCCAAAAUAAACAUUAAUGCUGCUGUCCCUAUGAUUGCUGCUCAGAGACUCUGUAACUAAGGGGACAAUUUGCCAAUAUAGAGUUGCCUCAAAACUGAACUAAAAGCAUAACUUAAGACGUUUCGUUUUUCUGAAUUCUGUGACAAGUUUCCAUUUGUAUGUUUUUUUUGUACAUUUACUAUUUUGUAUAGCUUCACAUUUGUAACCAACAUAUCCAAUGGAAUA